AAAACUAAACACAGUGCGUACAUAUAUUUUCUGAUACAGAGACGCACUUUUUUUUAUUUGUUUACUGUUGCAAGGAGGCCUAGUCACACGACUUUAACGUAAAUGGGUUUCCAUAUGUUUACAUCUUUCUUAACAUUGGACAAAAUGGCUGGGACUUGUUACACAAUUACGGGAACUCUCGUCCCACUUUCCAUAUGUAAUAUUACUAGGAUAUAAACAAAAAAAGGUUCAUUCAUUGAGUCAUAACUAAUAUUUACAAAGGGCUGGUCAAUGCUUACACUUAAACAGGACGUAAUUUUUGAAACUACAUGUAUCUGGGGCUCUCAAACUGGGAUAAACAAGUGAAAUUAUGAGGAUUUCCCGUUGGUCUUGAAACGAAGAUGGAGGAACAGCUAGACAGCCUGGAGGAUUGGGUGGCUGUCAAACACAACCCUUUCUCUGAAGGUCAUCUACCUCCAAAAAUCAUCUUCAUUAUUGGCUGGAAUGAAGUGGAGAAGAAAAUAGCCGUCACCAGUCGGCAACACAACCGAGUCGCCAGCGACCUUGCUGAAAGUGGCAACCGUACUGGAUUAUUCACUUUUAGUGAGAUACGAGCUGUUCACGAACUUCUCUGUCUUGUUCAUGGCUGCCUUGCACCAUAUUUACCUGACAUACCUGUCGAACCUCGUGGCCUCUGGACAUUCAUUAGUCCAAUGCAGACCCCUGAUAAUAUUGAUGAAAUCUGCAAGAACCUUGAACGGUACUUCCAGAUUGUAUUAGAGAUUUGUAAUGAACGUCUUCUUAUAUCGACUCUCUUUGAAGAAUUCACUGCUGAUGACUAUUUUGAAAAUUUUUCCGAGAUCCAUCGUCGUAGCUAUGAAGAGGCAGUGGCUGUAGCUGAAGAACAGUUGGAAAAUGUGCUGUUUUUGCGAGAAAGUUCCGUUACCAUGUCUGAGAAAGAAGACAUGUAUAAUUUGGAAGAUGCUGCCAUGGCUAAGCUGAACAUUAAUUUAGCAAGUUUUUAUAAUUUCCAAAUACAGCCAUUUUUGGACAUGCGAGAAUUAGCAUUCACCAAGUUGCGUGAGGCACGUAAAAAGCUGCAGGAUAUAGAUACGGGUGAACGGAUCAAAGCUGAAUAUAGGAAAAUAUUCACUGAGUGGCAGGGACAUUAUGAACGAGCUUUGGAUAAUAUCCAAGAACUUUAUAUAAAAUAUUACAAGACCACUUGCAGUAAUCUUCAGGCCAUGCUUGAAAGAAUGAAACAGGAUAAAGAAAAAUUUGGCAAAACAGCUUUUGAUCUUCUGGGUGUUGAUCGAAUGAGACGCAUCCGGAUAGAUCUCUGCAACGAGCGGCUACAGCUUCUCCAUAAUAUCCAGAAGGAAUACAUACAGGAGCGAGACAAAGUGAAAAAAGAGAUUGCAUCUGUCAAAGAGUAUCCUGAGGCCAAAGCAGAACUAGAGAAACUUGAAGAAAAAGUGUUCAAUUGGACCCUUAAGAUCCAUGAUGUAUGUGUUAAAAUUCUUGAUGAAGAAGAAAUCUUGGCAAAAACACAGAUUGAUGGCAUUCUUAAGCAAGUACAAGAUGAAGAAGAAGCUGGUGUUUUCUAUGAUGCAUUUGAAGAUGCAGAAAGUUUGAAAGAUUAUGAUGAACCAAUGACUACAGGAGCAGUAUCUAACCCGCACUUGCAGCAUCUAAAAAGUCAGAUAAACCGUAUCCAACAGAAGAAAGCGUCUUUUCGAAACAAAAAGGUAUUGUUACUGAAACAAAAACAACAAAAAGAUGAAGAAAAAACUAAGAUGGAGGUCCAUUACCAGCAACAUCACACAAUACAGCUUAAACGUCGACAACAUAAAGAAGAAGUGGAUUCCAAACAGGAAUUUAUUCAGGAAGAACGCAGAAAAGCCAUUAAGCGUCUCCAAGAUUAUAAGUUGAAAUAUCCGACACCAUCUACAAUCAGGCCACACAAGUACCAACCUGCCCACUCACAGAAAAGACCAGUUGCUAAUUCCAACUCACUAACUGCUUCACCAGACACUCAUCCUUUAACACUGAAUCUUCCAGAACCUGACAGUAAAAAUUCUACUGCUAAUCCUCUUAGUCAGUCAUGGAGGAAGCAUAACAAGAGAAAACAGCAAACAGAUUUUGACAUUCAGAUAUUUCAGUCUGGUGCUGGAGCUGUAAAAGACAGUAAAAGUCUUAGCAAAGAAUCAGGACUUGGUGAAGAAAAAGCAGUCACCAACGAAGAGAAGUUAAUCUCGUCUCCUUCACUGUCUCCGGCUGCGUCGUCAUCCACCGCCACCACUUCGCCAGAAAUCAUCUCGGACGUAUCACCACCAACAGACAUUCUUCCUCCCACACUCACCCCUCAACAAGUCCCCUCUGUGUCAUCGGUGCCCCCGCCACCGCCCCCACCCCCACCCCCACCUCCUCCGCCCCCUCCGUUACCUCCUCCCACACAACAACAGCAGAAAGCUCCUUCGUCGGCACCUGAUAGUAAUAACAAAGAGGACAGAAAGAAAGUAUUUAUCAAAAAACAAACUGCUUUAAAAGACUUAAAUGGACAUUCUGCUGACUCUACCAGAGCACCGUCGGUCAUUCCAAAUCUGGAGAGCAUUUUAAGUAGUAAGAACCGUCUCAAGCCAGCCAGCCGACACAUAAAACCACCACCCCUCAAACAAGAUCCCAUGGAUGACAUUUUAGAUAUGAUCAAGAAAGGCGUCAAGUUACGCCCAACUACAGAACGGGACUCUGGCUGUGAACGUGGUUCUCCUUCACCGAUUCCAAGCGACUCUCAUCUGAAACUACUUCAGGAGAGUCUUAACCGAAUCAAUCGAUUGACUCGUGACAGUUCACCUGAGUCUGACGACAGUGAUUACGACAACUUUGAUGAUUAUUAACACCCAGCUGCCUUGUUCCCCCUCCUACCCACCCACUUAAAUAACCUGCCAUGAACCCUUCUUAGUUUCAUUAUUUCUGUAUCGUUGUUUUGUCUUUUAUUUUUAUUAUUAUUAUCAUUACUACUAUUUAGUUGUUUCCUAAACUCCCAGAGUGGAUUUUUAUAUAUUAUUUGCAGAAUUGAAUUUUAUUAUUAUUAUCAUUUAUUAUUAUUAUUAUUAUUAUUAUUAUCAUUAUUAUUAUUAUUAUUAUUAUUAUAGCACAUCAGAUAAAAUGCUUAGCGGCAUUUCGUCCAUCUUUACAUUCAGAGUUCAUAUUCCACUGAGGCUGACUUUGCCUUUCAUCUUUGCAGAAUCAGUGAAAAAGUACCAGUUGUGCACUGGGGUCGAUGUCAUUGACUUACUCCUCACCUGAAUUUACUGGCCUCGUGCUAAAAUUUGAAAUCAUUAUUAUAACUGGCAGAAUUGUUAGCAUGCCAGACAAUCUGUCUUCACAUACUGAGUUCAUAUACCGCUGAGGUUGGCUUUGUCUUUCAUC